AUGGAAUUACUCUUCGAAGUCAUCGCAGCAACCGGUCAAUCUCAAGGUGUUGCACAGCAACGUAAGCAAGCGACGGAAAUGGAACUUAAUAAUUCACGCGUCCUCGAAGCACGUUUGGCUAAUAUAACAAAACAUGCGAAAGAAGCGUACAUUGCAGCAGAAGAGAAGACACGACAGGCUUAUGAUACAUACAAAGAGGCAAUAAGAGCAAUUCCUGUUGGAUUUGAUAAAUUUAUCCAAGAUUUUGGCGAUGCAGUGAAUAAUGUGAUAAAUGAAGUAGGACCGAUCAUUAUUGCCUCAGCCGCUGGUGGACCCCUAGCUGGUGCAGCAGUCGCUUUGCGUCCAAGAGAUGAUAAUCCAGCUGCUGGUACAGCAGUCAAUUUGAGUUCGGGAGAAGGUGAUCCAGCUGCCAAAGCAAACGCACAAAUAGAUUUAGUAGAAACAGCCACUUUUGCAGCCUUAUAUAGGUCUGGAUUGGAGAAACUGACUUCUGAUGUGAAGAGAUCCUCCACAGGAACAGCAAGCAACACUUCAAUUAAUCCAAAUGAUUGUGAUUAUGUAAAAGCAAUGUUCAAUGUUCAACUCAAUGUAAAUGAAAUAUAA